AUGAAGUCUAUCCACUUCACAGACUGUGCCUCGCCUCGCUCCGAGGAUAUGCAGGGAACCUCCUCUCCCCCAUCUGCGUCCUCUCUUUCUUGGUCUGCUCCCCCGUCUCUCUCGGGGGUUCGUGUCGCUGCUCUUUUCUCUUGUUCCGGCCUGUUUUCUGGCGUCCCCAUCGCUGGCUGGCACCGGCUGCGAGGCAUGCGAGGGCCGCGCGCGCGAGCUGGUCGUCUCUCCUCGUUCUUACUCCUCGCCUCCUCGCUUCUCCUUCUCGUGUCUCUUGGGCUCUGCGACGUCCGCGCCGACGCGCCUCCCGCGCCGACUCGCCGGGCCGGUGGCGCGGACAGGGACCUGCCCCUCGAAAAGGAUACUUCGGGCUCCGCCGCCUCCAGGGGCGCCGUGGAGGCGGACGUCGCGGCCAGGGGAGAGAAAAUGGAGGAGGAAGAGAAACGAGGGGGAGCCACGCAGCACCGUUCUCAAGAAGAGAGCGCGCAAAAGGAUGGGGGACGCCCCGCGCAAUCCCACCAGGCAGACGACGCUGCGCAGAAGGACGCAGCGAUAAACGAGGAUCUGGAUGUCUUCACCGAGAAUCUCUAUUUGCAGAGCCUGAAGAACGAAAGUCUCUUUGUGGCACACUUCGACUUCCGGCUGAAGACCAAGAUCCCGCUCGCUUCGGAGAAGGCAGCGAUCACGCGGCAUCAGCACUACGACAUCUUUCCCAAGGAGAUCGGAAAGCUGCUGACGCUGCACCUUCAGCAGGACGUGUCUCUCCUCGCCUCGCCGUCUGCGGCCCUGCCUGCGUCGUUGCCGCCACCCAUUCUCUUCUUCGACGCCUCGCUCACGCAGGGCAGGUGGCCUGAGGCCGCGUGGGGCCCGCCUCCGACGCCGGUGAAGCCGCCCGGCGCCCUCCUGCGCGCGGCGCUCUCCACGAAUCCGCUCUACGACUCGCAGAGAACUUGGUCGCUGCUGACGCACUCGCUGGGCGGCGUGAUGUGCACCGCCUUCUCGAUGCUGAAAAACGAAGACCUGGGAUACGCGCUCUCGGCUGCCGUGCUCGCGGGGUUCGACGGUGCGCGCGGCGCGCUGGCUGACUGGGGCGGUGCUGCAGCCGCGGCCGACGAAGGAGACGUGAAGGCGCCCUGGAAGCUCCAAGUUGCGGCUUCGCCGGUGGAAGUCGCCUGCACAGAGAACCUGAGUUCGCUGCGCGAGCUCUUGCCCUGUCGAGGAGAAGCGGGCCUGCUGUCUCUCGCGCAUCCGCUGGCCGUCGCGUCGUCGCCCUUCAAGACGCUGCGCCUCUUGGCCUUCACCGAAGAAGGCGAGGCGCGCGCGGACGGGCGCGGCCGCGGGGCGGCAGCCAACGCCGGCGGGGCUGACGACGCCUUCCUGCGUGUCGAGCUCCGCGCGCUCCUCACGGUGGUGCUCGAGGCGCCGAAGGCCGGACAAGUGCCCUUCUCGCUGGCUGAUCUUUUCCACCUCGUCGACCGCCAAGGCGCCCGCGCGCCGCUCCGCUCCUGCGUGGCGGCCUCCGCCUCGCGCGUGUUUCUGCGACUCCCGCGCUCGCCCGCGGCAGGCCGAGACAGACCGGAGAAGGAAGGGAGCAAGGGUCACGAAGAGGCCCAGAGAGACGCUGCCGCCCUCGCUAGCGCCGCCGCGGCCGCCGGCGGAUCCAUGUUCGCCGUCUACGAAGUCGACGAGUCCUCAGAUUUGGUCAUCUUCGACGCGUUCGCCGCCGAGGCAGGCCGCGAGGGCGACGCUCCACGGUCUGCGUCUGAAAUUCUUCGCUUUCCGGGCAUGAGUGGCAGCGCGCUGGAGAUCGAGCGCCAGCAGACCGGCAGAGGCACUUUGAGCUCGAAGCUUGAGCGCAUGGAGGGGGCGUGGCUUCUGGUCUUCCGCAAUCGCAGCGAGCUCAGCCGCUCCAUUCGGUACUUUGACAGCUUUCCGCCCUUCAUCUUCCCUCUGUUGCACACCGCGCGUCUCUCGUGGAAGCCUCUCAAAUCGAAAUCGCGCGCAGAAGGCGACGCCGCGGCCUGCGAAGCGGCCUUCCGCUCCGCGCGGGCGACGCAUCCGUUCCGGGCGGGCUCGGCGGCGGCGCGCGCGCUGAAUUUGCGGCUGCAGGCGCCUUCGUCGUCCUUCAUCGAGAACCCAGUGCCCGCGUCUCUCUCGCUCGCCUUCGCGCUGCCUCCGCGUUGUCAACUCGAGUUCAGCGUCGGCGUGGAGAAACGUUACUGGCCUGCGAGUCGCUUUGCCUUCUCGCCCGACAAGGGCUCGGACGUGGGCGGCGCGAUUGUGCUCGACAGGCCGAGCUCGCAGUUCUACUGGCCGCCGCCAGCGUCGGUGUUGUCGAGUCCGCUCACUUGUCGCGCGGGUUCAGCGUGCGCGAGUCUCCCUCUGCGGCGGGGUCUCUCGGAAGGCGCCGAGACGCAGGGGCAGCAGGCCACAGAGUCUGGCGGCAUGGAUGUGUCUCUCGAAGUCGCUGCCGAAGGGCUCUACGCGCCGGGGCAGCGCGACUCGUGGAACUGGCAUCUUACCGAGGGCAUGAUCGUUCACCUGCCUCUCCCCGAUUUCAGCAUGCCGUUCAACGUUAUCGCGCUCUCCGGAACCGUCCUCACGCUGUUCUACGGCUCGGUCUUCCGCAUCACCACGAUGGAGUGGUGA